AUGAGUCGAGAUAGAAGUGAUAGUUGUACUUCAAUGAAUAGUGUUAGGGGAAGUAAGAGAGUAGCUAGAUCGCCGGCGGGAGAGGAUGAGAAUGAAUGGGAUAGAAAAUUAAGAGAUUGGAAAGAGGAGAUUGUAGGGAGUUUAAGGUUAGUUAAAGUAGAAAUGAAAGAGGAGUUGAAGGAAAUUAUGGAGGAGCAGAGAAGAAAGAUUAGAGAAGAACUAGAGACUUUAAAAAAGGAAAUUAAGGAUUUUAAGGAGAGAGAAUUUAGAUGGGAAAGAGAAAGGAAAGAGUUAUUAGAAACACAGGAAGAGUUAAAGAAAAGGAUGGAGAAGAUAGAGGUAGGAGGAAAUAGUGUAUGUGAGAGAAGGGUCAGAGAAAUAGAGAGGAGAUUAGAGAUGAAGGAAAGAGAGGAUAGAAGGAAGAAUUUGCUAAUUAAGGGGAUAGAGGUUAAGGAUGGGAAUAGGAAGGAGGCGGUGGAGAGGGUGUUCAAAGAGAUAGGAGCUGAAGUGAUAGUGAGAGGAGAAUAG